CUGGGUGUGGCUCAAGAGCUUCCAGCUCCCGCGCUCGAUGGUGGUGGCGAUCAAGGAAAGUCGAGGAAGACAUAGCUUCGUAAGGUAUUUGCUUGGAUGACUUGAUUCCUCGGUUUUCACACACUUACCAAUCAGGAAGAAUCCGAUGGCCAGCAAACGGAGAAGAGAAAGCUACCAGUUCUACGUCCGGAUAAAGGGCAGUGGCAGCUCGUGAAGAAGCACUUGUUCCACCAGCAUGGAAGGAACAUCGUGGUUGCAUCUACCAAAUGCCCGACUUUACGUGCAUACAGCUGCUAUCGAUCUCCAAAGAGAAGAUAUCACUCUCUUCUUGCGCCGUCGCUUAUGCCUUUCUCGUGUGUUGCAGUUGUGGAAUGCUGCGUCUGGAUUCUGUUUCGUCACUUUUGCCGAGCACACAAAUGCAGUGACUGCAGCGUUGUUCUUGGCCAAAGUAAUGCCGUGCAUCUCUCGAUGGUACUGUACGUGCAUGGGAGCUGAUGUGCUAUCGGAACUUCCGGACCUUCACCACCCACGCAGUUUGUGUCAUUGGCUGCAGACAAAAGUGGAGAGAUCAUCUGUGCUGGAACACACAUUCCAGAUAUACGUUUGGUCUAUGAAAACAGCGCGGCUAGUGGAUGUCUUCGGUGGUCAUGAGGGACCGGUUCAUGGUUUGGCCUUGUCUCCUACAGACGAGUUCUUGGCUUCCUCGUUGAAACCUUCACUCAUACACAUGACCUGCUCACCGUGGUUUACCGUCCGGACGGAAAGUAACUGGCCUGCUCAACACUUGAUGGUCAGAUCCACUUCUGGGACCCCAUUAACAGAGUGCUAAUGGGCACGAUACAAGGCAGGCGUGACGUUGCUGGAGUGAGAUUGAUGAGUGACAGAAGAACGGCCGCUAACUCGAGCUCGGGCAAAUGCUUUAC